CUUCUAAAAGCAUGAUUACUUUAAAUCCGAUAGAAUACAUUGUCGGAAUAGAUUUAGGGACUACUGCUUCAGGGGUCUCGAUAGCUCAUGUAAACGACCCAUCAAAUAUUAUUACCGUUUCAUCUUGGGACGAUUCCAAGAGAAUCUCUCAAAAAUUCCAUUCUUCAAUUCUGUACCUGAAAAAUGAGAAUGAUUCCCCAUUAUGCGGUAUUAAACCUGUGUCUGUCGGUGGUACAGGUGUUUACAUAGAUAAGAUCAGUCAAUAUCUUGUAGACAUUGAUGCUUCAAAUGAAAAGCUUGGUGAACUGAUGGAUGGUUUAACCGUUAAAAAAGUUAUGAUUGACUAUUUGAAAUAUUUUAUUCAAAUUGCUCUCAAAAGGUUACAGGUCCAUGACAAACUUGUAAAAAAUGAGCACUUCCAAGAGUUUGUUAACGAAGAGUUUAUUGAUGAAGACAUUAAAACUGUUUGUUAUUGCCUCGUUUGUCCAACCGAUCGACAAGAAUUUAUGAAAGACUGCUUUAUUGAGGCAGGAAUUAUCGAGGAGUCUGAAGCUGAGCGCCGACUUUCAUUUGCCAUCAAAGCUGUCGCUAUAGCUCAUUAUCAACUUUCCCUUGACAGAAACACAACCGGAAUUCAACAGGACCAAGAUUAUUUUGUUGUUGAUUUAGGUGAUAUAUCUAUUGGAAUAGCAAAGAUUCAUGCGGCUUCCACGGAAUCCCUUAGUACUAUUACAAAUGUUUGUGAUAACAUCUUAAAUAUAAAUCAUUCACUCAUUGAUCAAUUUGUUCAGACGUUUUCCGAAAACGCCAAGUAUGGAUUUCAUACAGACAUCAAGACAGAGACUGCCAUCUCACAAGAGGAUAUUGAUGGGAAUCCUAUUAAUUUUACGUAUGAAGAUCUAAAUCGUAUCGUCUUAGAACCAUUCAUCGAAAGCUUAGCGGAAUUUGUAUCAGAAAUUGAUGAAACUUAUCGUCAAUGCAAAAUGUUUUUCUCUGGAAGUUAUGGGGUCAAUGGAAACUUUAUUAAAAAUCUUAUAAUCAGAAAUAGGGGUAAGUUGAAGUAUCAUCAUUCUAUUGUUAAAGAUUCAAUUGAAAGGGUUUCCUCGGGCGCUGUCUCUUCAAGACUAAGCACCUACAAGUCUCAAACGCCCUUCUCCUCUCUUUAUAAUAAACACACAUUCCAAUUCUCUGAUAGAAGACUCUCAUUACGAGAAACAUUAUUGUGUAAUUCUGGUGAUAGAAACAAUGAAAAUGAUGCUUAUGACUUUAUUGUUGGAAUUGAUUUUGGUACCACUUUUUCUGGAUGUUCUUAUGUUCAACUUAGAGACAAAAAUGGAAAGCCUGUGGAUAAAAAAAAAUUUAAGACCAAAAAAGUGGAUUGGCCAGGAGGCAAUACAAAACAUUUUGGAAAGAGCCCGACUUUAUUAAUGUACGAUAAAAGAAUGAAGCCCAUAUAUUGGGGUGAAGAAGCAAGAAUUCAAGCUAAGCGUCAUAAAGAUCGCAACCUUCUAGAACACUUUAAACUGUUUUUAUGUCCGGAAUCUUUGGAAGAACCGAAAGGACAAGGAGGAUUUGUUGGUGACGGAAACCCGGAAAACGAAGUGUGUGCAGUCCGCAUUAUUGCUGAUUAUCUUCAAGUGUUCCAAAAGCAUGUCUUUGAGUACAUCGUUGCUAAAGAAACGAAUGAUAAUGUUUAUCACUAUAACGAGGCAAGGCUUAAGGUAAAAUACAAGAUUAGAUAUGUGAUUACUGUACCUGCUAUGUGGAAUUCAUUAGCCCGCAAUACCAUGGCGCAAGCUGCAAUUAAAGCUACAAUGAUUAAAAAAAAUGAUGUCAACCAGCUUCUUAUAAUCAGUGAACCUGAGGCAGCAGCAUUGUUUUAUAUGAAGAGAAUGAUCGAAUAUUUUGAAAAAAGGGAUGAAGAGCCGAACGAUGCACACUUUAUUGUAUGUGAUGCUGGUGGAGGAACUGUAGAUCUGGCCACAUUUAAUUUACAACUGAACAAGAAAGAUGGCGAUACGCCUACCACAGACCCGAUGAUUUGUCAAAUUGGUGACGGUAUUGGUGAUAUCUGCGGCUCAACUUGUCUUGACUUAAGAUUUAGAAAUUAUCUCCUUGAAUUUUAUAAGAGCUUUGGAGUAGAUAUGAACAAAGAAAAUGUACCUCUUGACGAUAUUAUGAAAGACUUUGUGGAAAAUUACAAGCUUCGCUUUAUGCCUAAUUUGCGAGGCGGCUCUUACUACUGCAUCAAUUUGCCCGCAAAGGGGAUUAGAAAUUUUACCGGCGAUUCUACCUAUAGAAUGACUAAUGGGAAUAGAACGCUGAAAAUGAAGAACCAAGAUAUGAAAGAGAAAAUAUUCGACCCUGUAAUUGAUCGUAUUUUUUACCUUAUCGAUGACCAGUUAAACCAAGCAAAAAAAUUAGACAGACGAAUAGACGCAAUUCUGAUGAUCGGUGGCUUUUCCCAAUCCUUAUACCUGCAACAGCGCAUCAAAGACAGGUAUAAGGGUGUGUGUCAUGUUAACUUUCCUAUCGAAAGUGUUGGGGCUAUUUCUUACGGCGCAGUAUAUUACGCUCUAAAUCCCCGUAAAAUAUCAAAACAAACUGCCACACAAUCCCUUGGAUUAGAAGUACAGGCACCAUUUGAUAGAAACUUGACAGAUUCAAAGUAUUUCGUAAAAAGAGGUGAAUCUUUAAAAGGCAAGGAACAAACAGUAUAUCAAAAAGAUGUAUAUGUUUCAUAUCCCAACGCUGCAGUAAUAGCAAUCUUUGCCUGUAACUCUAAAGAAGAUGCUAACAAAAGAUACGUUACUGAGAGUCAUGUUAAAAUAAUGGAAGCGAAAAUUAUCAUGCCGUCUAUAGGUGGGAUAGAUGGGAGAGUAAUUCACUUCACGAUCAGUCUUCAAAUCACGCGUAUUGGAGUCACUGUUACAACUGAAUGUCAAGAUCAACUAAUCAAUGCAGAAGUUCUAAAAAUCACCAAUAAUCAAAGGUCCUCUGUUAAGAUUAUAAUCAAGUGUAGUUCUAGUAUAGAAGAAUGCACAAAGGCGUCGUCCUUGUCCUCAUCACUGUCGUCCUUUCCCUCAUCACUGACGCCCUUAUACCCACGUGAUGCCAGAGUCAGAAGAACCUUUCCAAUGACUAUUGAGCAACCAUCACUUAAAAAGAAACUAAGAAAAUAAAAUUAAUUUUGUCUGGACAUUUUUGC